AUGGCGGCGUCCGUGCUUCAGAGAGAGAUUGAGGUUGUUGAUUCAGGUGAUGACAGCUCAUCAAGGAGUAUUAGACCAUUGAAAAGACGACGUGCUGGGUCUCGUGAAAGCAACCGUAGCAGUGAUACAGCUUCAUUUACAAUACGAUCCACUUAUUAUCCCAGCUGAAAUUUAUAUGAAUAUCAGUGGCCUCCAAACAAAGAUGGUGAUAUGUAUAUGUUACAAGAACAAGUCAGUGAAUUUUUAGCAGUCAAGUCAUUCAAGCGAAAAUAUCCAGAUCUUGAAAGACGUGAUAUUGAUCCAAAAGAAAGGAAUUAUUUACGAGAAAAAGGAGUAGUCUCAGAGAUUCAAGUAAAUCUUGGAUUAACAGCAUUGAAGACAGAUGAAGUUUUGGAUUUAAUGGCCAAGGAUUAUCCAGAUAAAUACAAGGAUUAUGCCUCUGUGUUACAUGAACGAGAACGACAGAGUAUUACAAAUAAGCAUAAAGAAUAUGAAGCACCUGCUGUUGAUGCUGGAAAAAUCAAAGAGUACAUUAAGAAAGCUGUAAAACAGGCAUCUGAAUUCAACAUGUUAUUUAAUAGAGAAAGAAAAGAAGAAAGACAAGCUUAUUAUGAUAUGCAGACUUCAAUUUUUCAGGUACCCACUGGUAGGAUGUUAAAAAUGCCCAAAGAAGCCACCAAGGUUGGUGCUUACCCUGUGGCACUGAUACCAGGACAAUUCCAAGAAUAUUACCGAAAGUAUUCAUCAGAUGAAUUAAAUUAUUUUCCAAUAAACACUGCCAUAUAUGGUCCGCCAUUACCACCCGAAUUAAUUGUUGGUGAUGGUGAGGAUUCUGAAGAUUCUUCUGUUGUUGAUGUCCCCAGUGUAAAAGACCCGAAUGAUUCUAAUAGUGAUAGUAGCAGUACUGGCAGCGGUAGUACAUCAAGUGAUUCUGAUUCUGAUAUGGGUCAAUCAAGCAAGCAGGAAGCAAAGAAAACAACAAACGGUGAAUACAAGCCUCCUGAGUCUGAGUGCAAGGAGGAUAAGGUGAAAAAAGUCUCUAAGCUGGAGGCAGGGAAAGAGCUUGAGGCAGAGAUAAAGCCUGGGGCGGAGAAUGUUGAGACAGACACAUCCAAGAAAGAGCCCAAGGAUAUACCUGAUGCUGUUUGUGGUAUCUGUUUAAAAGGCAAGGACAGUAGUAAGAAAAAAUUCUCAGAACAAUUAGUACACUGCUCUCAAUGUGACAAUAGUGGUCACCCUACAUGCUUACAAAUGAAUGAUUCUUUGGUACAUGUGAUCAAGACAUAUCCAUGGCAGUGUAUGGAGUGCAAAACAUGUACAUUAUGUGGUGAUCCUACACAUGAAGAUAAAAUGAUGUUUUGUGACGACUGUGACCGUGGUCACCAUACAUUCUGUGUCGGACUCAAGAGUAUACCAACAGGUCAAUGGACAUGUGAAAGCUGCAGAAAGGACAUUUCAUCUACACCAACAACUACAAGAUCAGGUAGAAAAACCGGUCGUAGGAAAUAACAGAAAUAACACUCUGCUUAUUUAUUUAUUAGUUUGACAUCUCAAUGUUUUAAGGAUUGUGUCUUUGUACUUGUUGAUAUGUACUAAUCAUUGGAAUGAAUAAAAUUAGAUUUCUUAUUUGUCAAUUUUCUGAAUUGAUGUGAACAAAUAAAGC